GAGUGAUGCACAAGGAAGAAGAGAAGGGGGAAAAAAAACCUAUUUACAAACAGAAAGUUUUUGACGAAGAGCAAAAACAUAAUCAGCUUUAAAGCUUUUUACACCGAAACGUUUUUUUAGGGCAUCAAUCCUCGAUCAAUCAGGGCAUCAAUCCACACUAUACGCCUAGGAUGAGUUUAUGAUUGAACCCGUGACCUUUCGGAGAGAUCGAACCAUGGCAGAUGAGGAGGGCAAGCUGACGCUGCGGCGUCUGGAAGCGCCCAUCCAGAAGUUCAUUAAAGUGGUGAUUCCCACUGAUCUGGAGCGCCUUCAUAAGCACCAGCAUAACAUAGAGAAGUUCCACAGAAACAGCCAAUGGGACAGACUGCACCAGGAGCACAUCAAUGCUAGUCGCACUGUGCAGCAGUUGCGCUCUAACCUGCGCGAGAUGGAGAAGUUGUGUCAGCGUGUCCGCAGUUCCGAAGCACCUGCGCUGGAGAAACUCGUCCAGCCAAUCAGAGAGCGCGCCUCGGUCGCCACUCAAGACUUCCUGCGGCUUCAUUCGGACUCUGUCAGUCACCCGGGGCCACACCCGGAGCAGACCGACAGCACAGACACUCACGCAGUCUCCGACUCAGCAUAUAGUGAAGAAGAAGAUGUGGGCGGGGCCGAGUCACCUGUCACUCAGUUCCAAGUUCAUUUACCCGCCAUUCCAGCUGAACAGAACGCCGCGGAAUCCUGGGACUCGUUAGAAGAGGAUCUAUUGGAGCUCAAUGGGUUAGUGAAUGAGUUCUGCUCCCUCGUGCAUGCUCAGCAGGAGAAGAUCGACAGCAUCGAGGCCAACGUUAGUGCAGCGUCGACUAACGUGGAGGAGGGAACACGCAGCCUGGGGAAGGCAGCGCGUUCGAGCCUGGCAGUGUUGCCUGUAGCAGGUGCAGUGAUUGGCACCGUCUUGGCCGGUCCACUCGGAUUGCUGGCGGGAUUUAAAGUGGCCGGCGUGGCAGCCGCAGUGGGAGGAGGCUUGCUCGGCUUCGCUGGAGGAAACCUCGUCCAACGCAAGAAGAAAGAGAGAGUGGAGUCGCAGCUUCAACGACUCGACACUAAGCAGGGACACGAGCAUGUGCAAUGACACCUGCUUUUGGUAGGGAGAGCGGAAUCCUGUACCGACACGUUUCAAUCACCUCAACGCUGGUAUUUAUACUACACUUAAGAGUAUUAAUGCUCCUCUCUCAACUCAGUUGCCUUGAAUAGACUGUUUUUGCACCAAAACAACCAUUUCCAAAGAGUGUGUAAUAGUAUAUAAUAUCUGCGUUAUUGACGUGACUGUGCCAUAUGGCCGAGGUAAAAAAAAAAAAAUAUCAGAGGUCUUUUAUUGAUCGAGGUUGUCCAGUUCGCAGACGUCAGAGAUCACCAGGGUGUCAUUGGUGUUGGAGUUAUGACUGAUGAGCUCGAGUGCAACACAAAUUGUACACUGAAGUGUGUGGCUAUGAGCAAGGAAUCAUUCGCUAAAAUCAGGCAAAUAUGAUACGACAAUAAUAGUCAAAUAAUCACAAGUAGGCCUGUCACGAUUUUUGAGUUACGAUUAAAUCAUCCGUUUGUUUAAAUCAGAUUAAAUCACGGUAACACCAUAUUUUAACUCUUCUCAGUGAAAAGUUUUGACCUGUGAACUAUUUGCAACGGUUUUCUUAUUGAACUUGUAACGUAGCCAUUUUUUACUAAAAAACUUGUAGAUGAAGAGAAUGUUACAUUACUUGACUUUACAUUUCUGCUGUAAUACAGUUUCAUGUCCAAAAAAAAACAAACAAAUAAACAACCAACAAACAUAAACAGAAGUUCAAUUUGCAUACGAAUAGCUAUUCCUAAAUCAGUUGAGCGACGACUGUGCAUUAUUACACUACAGUUAUGGAUAUAUGUGGCAUAAAGUCAGCAGUUACAUUGUUAAUCAUCAGUUUUACGUUAGUGACAGGCCUAAUCACAAUAUUUAUUUAAAUGGACUCGCACUACAGAGCCGGUCUUCACACAGGGUCCGAACAUACGCUUGAACUCCGCAGUAUUUAAAGUGUGAAAUGUGCUUACACAGAUUUCGCAAGAAAGACAUCAACAACCUCCAGACAUGUCAAAUUUACACCAAAUGAUAAGUAACAGCAUUGUUUAUAACACGUUUAGCAUUGCAGUAAAAUUGUGUAAAUAAUGCGGGUGGGUAACUAACAUUGUUUCAGAGUGUUCAGAAUCGGGAUGUAACAUUAUACAAAUUUAUUACAGUUGAAAAGUCAAAUCUAAGCUACUGUCGUUUGUUUAAACCCAGUCGUUAAUGCCGAGACCAUCCAAUCUGUUUAAGCUUAAGUCUAUUGAGCCAUGUAGAAAGUUCUGGAAAAUGAAUUAAACCGUGUUCAGUAAUGUUCAUGCUGGGAUUUGGAUUUUUUUAAUUCUUGCUCUAUUUACGAAUACUAAGGAGUUUUGCCGUCCAAGUACAGAAAUUUGACGUACUAAUCAGUGUUUUUAAGUCGAUUUUUACAUAUUUACAUCUUCGAAACGGUGAAUCAGCAUCGUGUUAUUUCUGGUAGAAGUCACACGUUAGUAUGGUUACACGUCUGCGGUGGUAACAGUCUAUAAAAGAUCGACGGAGACACUAUUUACGGAACGAGGCUCCAGUGUCGGCGCUUUGUAACAGUCAGGACGUUUUCCCGCUACAGGAAAGUCUUCAUGACUCCUUUGUGACAUGACGAGCUGUGGGGUUUUUUGGGUCUUAUUAACUUCCGGAGAGAGAAAAACUUUUAGAAAGAGAGACUGGUGAGGGAACGACAUUUUAUAGCUGCUAUAAUGUAAAUGAUAACUAACUUGUCUCGUAGAGAAAAAAAAAAAGUAAGUAUAAAUGGAUAAAAUAACAUUCAAUAAUAAAUUGAAAUGUGAAAUCGUUGGUCAAGUGCUGCGGUAUAAGUAGAACAAACUAUGCAAUAUGCUGUUAUUGGAAAAGACCACUCCUCUUGGUGCGUCAGCAUGCACACCAACACCCCAUCGUUGAUUUUUUCUUCUUCUCUUUUUUGGUGUGUUUUAUUCUGUACUGAUUGAUUUAGGAUAUUGAUGAGACGCAGACUCCACUCUCGAUUCCACCACCGUAGCUUUUUUUUUUUUACCCCCAAUGUUCAGAUCUCAACUCUGUUUUGAAUAUUUUCCACAGUGCAAUUUUGUCAAAACGUUCAGAUCAUAUGACUGACGAGGAUCUCGCCGAACUCUGGAGCUUAAAAGCUUGACGUGAAGCUGCUUUAGGGCUUUGAUGACGAAGGCCACCAAGAAGCCAAAUCUAAUACAGAAAUCAAUUCACAGUGGGGUCUCCUCAAGCACAAACAAAAUUUCAAUGUUAUUUGAUUAAAGUCCUGUAGGAACCGGGGGAAAAACUGAACAAUGACCUUUUUGGCUUUUUAUCGAUCCUUGUAUUUAGCGGAGAAUAAAAUGGAAUUGUUUACA